AUGGAGGGAGCCUUCACUCAUGUAGGAAAUCACCUCGUUUCUGACUCGGCUGCCGCUAUCAAUGCUGGAAACGACGAUCUUUCCACCCUCGAUCCCGAUGAGCGCCUCCUCUAUGGCAAAUAUAGCGAUCAUGGCGGCCGCCGCCGCGCCGACGACGAUGACAACCAGACCGAGACUUUCGAGGACGACAAUGACAGCCUGGCCAGUAUACCGGUCGACGAAAUGGUAGGGCUGAAUCUCAAGAACACGGACGAGGAGAAAGAGCUCCCCGCGUACGCAUGCGCGUACUGCGGUAUCCACGCUCCUGCUUCCGUCGUCAAGUGUUUGGUCUGUAACAAAUGGUUUUGCAGCGCCCGCGGCAACAGCACCUCAUCCCACAUCAUAAAUCAUCUCGUUCGAGCCCGCCACAAGGAAGUUCAGCUUCACCCCGAAUCCGCCCUUGGCGACACCAUUCUCGAAUGCUAUAGCUGCGGUACCAAGAAUUCAUUUCUGCUUGGCUUUAUUCCCGCCAAGUCUGACUCUGUCGUUGUUUUGCUGUGUCGCCAGCCUUGCGCAGCAUCGGCUUCCAACAAGGACAUGAAUUGGGACCCCUCCCGCUGGGAGCCUCUGAUCAAGGAACGCGCGUUUCUCGAUUGGCUCGUCAGCGCCCCCUCCGAAGCCGAACAGUUACGCGCUCGUCACAUGUCUCCCAACACCAUUGCUCGACUAGAGGAGAUGUGGAAGCUAGAGCCCAACGCCACCAUUUCCGAUCUCGACAAGGGCCAGACUGUUGACGACGACCCCGACCCCGUGCUUUUAAAAUACGACGAUGCAUUCCACUACCAAAACAUUUUUGGGCCGCUUGUGAAAAUGGAAUCUGACUACGACAAGAAGCUCAAAGAAGCCCAGUCCGAGGACAAUCUGACUGUAGAAUGGUCGCAAGGUCUUAACAACAAGCACCUGGCCACCUUCAACCUGCGGAAAAUUGAGUCCGGAGAAGUCAAGCUUGCCGUUGGUGAUGAAAUGCUGCUUCGUUACAACGGCGAGCUGAGGGAGCCCUGGCAGGGUGUGGGCUACGUCAUGAAGAUCCCCAACAGCCAGUCCGACGAGGUUUGUCUUGAGCUGCGUAAGAAUGGCAAUGACAGAUCAGUCCCGACCGACCUUUCCCACAACUUCUCGGCCGACUACGUCUGGAAGGCUACCUCCUAUGAUCGCAUGCAGCUUGCCAUGAAGACAUUUGCCGUUGACGACAUGAGUGUUUCCGGUUUCAUUUUUCACACGCUACUCGGUCACGACGUUCAGCUGCAGCCAAUGAAGUCCAACCUGCCUAAGAAGUGGUCUGCACCAGGCUUGCCAGAUCUCAACCAAAGCCAAGUAGACGCGAUUCGAUCGGUCCUUCAGAAGCCGCUUAGUCUUAUACAAGGCCCUCCUGGUACUGGUAAGACGGUGACAUCUGCCACCAUCAUCUAUCACUUAUCCAAGAUAAGUGGGAACCAGGUUCUCGUAUGUGCGCCCUCCAACGUUGCUGUUGAUCAGCUCUGCGAGCGCAUCCACCGCACUGGCCUCAAAGUCGUUCGUUUGACAGCCAAAUCCCGUGAAGAUGUCGAGUCAUCUGUCAGCUUCCUUGCUCUUCACGAACAGGUUCGAAUGUCUGAGCAUAAUUCUGAAUUCGCCAAGCUGUCGCAGCUCAAGAAUGAGGCUGGCGAACUGUCCAGCCAAGAUGAAAAGAAGUUUCGACAAUUGACCAAGGCAGCUGAACGAGAGAUACUCAACAACGCCGACGUUGUUUGCUGCACUUGUGUUGGUGCCGGCGAUCCGCGUCUGUCCAAGCUCAAAUUCCGCAGUGUACUCAUCGACGAGUCUACCCAGUCCGCGGAGCCUGAAUGUAUCAUCCCGCUCAUGCUAGGCUGCAAACAAGUCGUCCUCGUCGGUGACCACAAGCAACUUGGCCCUGUCAUCAUGAAUAAGAAGGCUGCCAAGGCUGGUCUCAGCCAGUCUCUGUUUGAGCGUCUUAUGCAACUUCGCCUCCAGCCGAUUCUUCUGAAUACCCAGUACCGCAUGCAUCCUUGUCUAUCAGAAUUCCCGUCCAACAUGUUCUACGAUGGCAGUCUGCAGAAUGGCGUUACACAGGAGCAGCGAAUCCGCAAAGACGUUGACUUUCCCUGGCCUGUUGCCGAGAUGCCCAUGAUGUUCUGGUCCAACAUUGGCAACGAAGAAAUCUCUACCAGCGGUACUUCGUACCUGAACCGAACGGAAGCCUCCAAUGUGGAGAAGAUUGUCACGCGAUUCUUCAAGGCAGGCGUCAAGCCCUCCGAAAUUGGUGUCAUUACGCCGUACGAGGGCCAGCGAAGCUACAUUGUGACGACUAUGCAGAAUGCGGGCACCUCGAAGAAGGAGUACUACAAGAGUGUAGAAGUGGCGUCUGUUGAUGCUUUCCAGGGUCGCGAAAAGGACUUUAUUGUUCUGUCCUGCGUGCGUUCCAAUGAAAACCAAGGCAUUGGUUUCUUGUCUGAUCCUCGUCGUCUCAACGUCGCCCUGACACGUGCCAAGUACGGUGUGGUCAUUCUCGGCAACCCCAGAGUGCUUUCUAAGCACGAGCUCUGGUAUAACUUGCUCACUCACUUCCGCGACCGCCGCUGCUUCGUCGAGGGCCCCCUGACCAAUUUCCAGCAGUGCCUUCUUCAAUUCAGCAAGCCCCGGUCGCACCGACAGAAGCUCGGCAACCAGAUUCCCACUGGUGGCUAUCAGAACCAGAACGGACGUUUCAACGGCUCGAGCACAAUACGCGACUUUGACUCUAGUUCCAUGAUGUCGUACGUGCCCGACGACGUCUCCUCCAUCCAUGGCUCAACUUUUGGCGGUGCAGCCCUCAACUCGGCAUAUCCCUCAAUGUUCUCCAACUUUGCCCCCGAGCAGUGGCCCGGUCUGCCCGGCGUCGGUGCUCAUGGCCACCGCAGUGGAAAGAGCCGCGCCCGUACUGCCGAAAGCGUCGCAGGCGAGAGCGUGGCCAACUCUGAGACCACGGACACGUCGUCCAGCAUCAUUGGCAGCCGUGGCGUGGGCCAGGGCGGUGUUAGUCUCGGGGCCGGCCUGCAGGAUGCCGUCACGGGCAUGCGCGCUAUCUCCUACACCCAGAGCGACCGUCUGCGGCAGUACGUUGAGAGCGGCGCUCGCAAUCCCCCGAACAACCGCUACGGCGGCCGUCGCCAUGACGACGACAACAGGAGCGUCAGCACAGCCUUUCACAGCCAAGUAGGAGGUGGCUACGACUGA